ACAGUAGCUCCGACGACAACAGUUGCUCCAACCACAACAACAAUUCCUUCAAUCACAACAGCUACAGUUGCUCCAUCCACAACAACAGUAGCUCCGACAACAACAACAGCUGCUCCAACC